UUACAGUUCAUCGCCAAGAUGGUUUGCAUACCCUGCAUUAUCGCGCCUGUGCUGCUCUACAUCUGGUACCGAUUCAUUCAACCCAUCGUUCUUAAAUUCUGGAAUCCCUGGGAGAAGAAAGAAAUCCGCAUGGACGCAGCAGGGGACGCCCGACAAGACUCAACAAAACUGGCACCUGAUGGCACUGCUGACACCACCACCCAGCAUCAACAAGAGGCCAGUACAGAAGACAAGAAAUCAAAUUAGGAUGUCAUCGUAGCUUUGUUCCAAGUGUCAAGUGGACUCCCAACUCUUCCCCUCCCUGGAUGUUUGUGGCGGUUUUAACCCAACGGUAUUAUCGAUGGUCGAAGCUCUUCUAGUCUCGCAACUGAAGAUGGUGGUACUGACCAAGCAAAGCACGUAAAAUAGUCUGCUAAGCGCGGCUGGCUGUCCGCAGCUCGAAACCGACCGUGUACGCAACCCGUUCAAAAAGUGCACUUUUUUUUUCUGCUUUCGUCUGUGUGCGUAUUGCGCGAGUUCUGCUUUGAGGUGGAACCGCGUUUUCAGGAGGCGUAAGCUGUUAAGUUUCGAGAUUGUGUCGCAGAUAUUGGUGCUGCUUUGUUCAAGUGACAUAUCAUGUAUACAGACGUGCAAGCGACAGGUGGCAGCAUUUUGCAUGCCAGCUCGCUCUUGUUAACAUCUCGGGAUAAAAAGGUUUUAGAUAUUGGUUUGUCUUAACAAAACUAAUGCUUCUGGUUCUUCUGUCUGAUCGUUAUGUCACGGUUUUUGUUGGCCGUCUUUUGAGUCGGCGCAUAUUUUAAGCCAGUUUGCGGGCACUUUUUAUCGUCGUGGCUGGUUUCUCGACAUUUAUAGGGCUGUAAUGGGUUAUUUUUCUGUUUCUAUUAAACAGUUUUGUUUUCCA